AGUGCGUACUCCCAUCUUAAAUUCCGGCAACGCACUUACAAACUCUCUGGUGUUGCAGGUGUCCAUGGGCGGUGGUAAUCGCUUACCAUUAGGUGUUCCGUCUGCUCGUUUGCCUCCUCUAUCAUAAAAAAAAGUUAAAUUUCACUUCCAAACAUUAGGUAAAUAUAUUAAUGCAUACAUAUAUAUGUCGGGUGACAAUGACAAUGCAAUAUCAUGGUACCAUCAAUCUGAUCUGAUGAUGGAGACCGGAGGUACAUUUUUUCAGUACUUGUGACUCAAAUAAGAAAAACGGUAUGUACUCUGAUUGACUAGCACGUAAUAUUUUCGCGGAUAAGCAAAGUAACAUUUUUGUUUUAAUUAGUAGGUAUGGAUUUCCCGCAAAGUAAAACCUGAUUUAUUCAGUAUCUAUAUUCGUCAGGUAACAAACAAAACUCACAAAUUAAAAAAAAAAUUAACCAAAAUCAACCUUAUCUCAGUAGUAAAAUGGUUCGUUAUGGCUAUGAACUUGUGAUGGUAAUUAGAAUUAGUGAGUUUUGCUUGUCACCUGACGAAUUAUGUAGGUACCAGAGUCGUUAACUUUUAUUGUAUAAUACAAUACAUAUACUUUACAGUACAUAUGGUGCUGCUUUCCCGCACGCGUGCGGGAAUGAGGACUUUCCGUGCAUAUGUCGAAACUUUAAAGAGCCAUAUGUACUGUAAAACGUUGUACGAUACACGUGCGAAAAGGUAAUUCGCGACUCGUGUCGAUUUAAAACACUCCCUUUGGUCGUGUUUUAAUUUAUCACCACUCUUUGCGAAUUUUCUAUUUUCUGCACUUGUAUCGUAAAUAACAAUUAUUGCACACCUCAAUACAGAAACAAUACAAAUAGUACAACACAUUAAGAAGAGGUAAACAACAGGCGGUCUUAUCGUUAAAAAGCGAUCUCUUCCAGACCACCUUUAGGUAGUGGUUGUAUCGUCCACAGAAGCGACCUUUUUUUUACACACUUCUAUUUAGCUCUACUGCGUAUAUUUGGUUCUUUGUUUGUAUAAUUAAUGCAAAUAUGGUCACUUCCAUUUGAACCACUUCCUGAUGCAAAAGUACUGCAAAUGCAAUAAUGUGUUAACAUGAAGCUGAUCUGAUGAUACAGACAGAAGGUAACCGAAGGAACUCCUCGAUGGAAGAACCCAAACACAUCGAGUUUAGGGUCAUUAGAAAGGUCCCAAGAAGUACAUGACGGACAUGCAUAUACAUGCAGGAAUAGUUUUUCUCAUUGCUUUUUUUUGACGGUAAUUUGUUUUAUAAUGCAUUUGAUCACAAUCAAUCCACAUCCUAACACCCUCCCUUCUUUGUCUACAGUUCUAGAAAGUGGCGACGAGCCCGCCGCCUGCGGCAACCACCGGACGCUAGUCCUGGCCAACCACCAGAGCACCGGCGACGUGCCCCUCCUCAUGGGGGCGUGGAACCCGCGCCCGGGCGUACUCUCGAACCUGAUGUGGAUCAUGGACCGCGUGUUCAAGUUCACCAACUUCGGCAUCGUCAGCGUGCUGCACGAGGACUUCUUUAUACAGGCGGGCCGUGCUAGACGAGAUGCGUCCCUAGAAGAGCUUCGUCGCCACAUCAUCCACAGCUACAUCCCUCUCGGGAGGCAGUUCAUGGUUCUCUUCCCAGAAGGUGGCUUCCUGCAUAAGAGGAGAGAAAUAAGCCAUAGAUUCGCGGAUAAGAAUAACUUGCCAAAGCUGGAGUACGUUACUCUGCCACGCGCCGGUGCGAUGAAGGUCAUCAUGGAAGAGAUCGGACCGCAUAGGGAGAACUGCCCCGGCACAUCUCAGAACGAAAACAGCAAAAGAGAAAACCAUUCCACCCGAAACGUACCUCGAGCCGUCGCCGCCACCAGCGCGCAUUUAGAAUGGGUGCUGGACGUGACCAUAGCGUACCCAGACAGAGUGCCACUGCAUCUGAUUCAGGACGUGGUGUGCGGCAUCAGACCCCCCUGCAGCAUACGGUUACAUUACAGGCUCUAUCCAAUCACUGAGAUACCAUCAGACGCAGAAGGUAUGACCCAGUGGCUGUACGACAGAUUCAUAGAAAAGGACAGAAUGCUAGAAGAAUACUACAGAACCGGUCAGUUCCCGACCACAUCUGACACUCAAGUUGUGAGACAAGUCAGACAGGACAAUCUGAGGUUUCUCAUAUUGCACGCUUUCUUCAUAGCGUCGACUUACGUACAGUAUAAGUUGUUCCAUGCUGUGUGGAGUUGGAUUUGGUAACACGGGUUACCUCACGAUUGAUUUGUAGAUUUGAUUGUUUUUUGUUUAGUGAGCGACUGUGUAGGUUGGGUGAAAUUGGAUUCAUCUUUUUAUUCAGUGUAGAACGUUUUUGAGGUCAUCCCACACUACAUUAUUGUUUUACCUGCCAAUAUAAUAAAUAAAUAAUAAAAGGGUCAUUCUUCAGCAAUCUCAUUCCCCUGACCAUACCUAUUCGCAAUUCCCAAGAGAUUCCGCUACGCCGUUUUGGCUAUAGAUAGAACUUGGCACGGGUUACAGUUACCUAAAAUGAGACUGCGAAUAUGUAUGGCCAGGGGAAUGGGAUUUUUGAAGAUUGACCCCUUUAUAUUGGUUAAAUUGUACUAAAUGUGUAAAAUCUAACACAAAUCGUACUUCGAAUUUGACAGCUAAUAUUAAUUUUGCUGUACAGCUUCUCACAUCAUUCGAAAACUCUGGUUAACGAUAGUUGACGUUUAAGAAAUUAGAGACCAAUUAAAACUUACGUUAUAUCAAAAUGAUAUCAGUCAAUUCACCUGUACUUGUCAGUACACGUAUUGGCGCGAGCGAAACGCACCGGCGACUGACAUUUAGAUAUAAUUUUAAUGUCACAAUGUAAGUUAGAAUUGGCUUCUUAGUUACCACAGUAUAUAUGGUACCAUACAGCGCCCUCUUAAACUGUCAAACUCAGGGGUACGAUUUUUGUGACUUAGCGCAUCUCAUACAGUCACGUCUAUAAAUAUUGAUACGGAUAAAUUGAAAAAAAUAUGUAUACACGAUCUUAUUGCCAAUAUUUUUUGACGUGACUGUACAAUCAGUUAACCUUGCACAUCCACUUGUCACGAUUUUGAGAAAAUGUAUUGCUAAACAUUUAUAGUAGUGUCAAAUAUUUUGUAAAAUCACACGUAGAUAUUGUAGGUAACAAAAUGGUGGACCAAAUAAUAAUAUUAUGCACUGUUCAUGACAAGUGGUGUCAGCAAGCUACUGUAGAAAUGUGGUAGACAAAGUUUAACUUUAAGAAUAAGUUCUUAGUAACUUGGGGUGACUUUGAAUUGUGGGGUGGCUAUGUUUUUUUUUUUAAUUUUAUGCAAGAUAAACCUACUUUUUUAAUAUUGCGUCAUUUGAAUUCCUUUAAUUCAAAAACUAAAAUGCUCCUUACUAUCUUGAAAUGAGCGUAAAUUAAUCUGUUCAAAGAUUUUAUCUUAUUAAAUGAUUAAAUGCAAUUAAUUGUUAAAUAACUUAAAAUAAUAGUUAUCUGUCUGCUAUUGUUUUAGUACUUGCUUAAUAAUAUGUAGUAAGUAAUAAUAUUUAUAACUUACGACGUGGCAUGUUUAGUCAAAAUUUAAUUCGUAAUAAAUAUUUUUUUCGCAAUAAAUUGUUACCCUCUUGUUUAGCAAUAAUAUAUUUCAAGUAUGAAUGAAAUAAAUUCAAUUUCACCCAACACAAAUAAACAUUCAAAUUCAUGUCAAGACUCCCUGUUACGUGAUGUAACAGUACUUAUGUUGUACGGACCAAAUUAGUGAAAUUCAAAACGUCAUAAAAUCAGUUUAGCUAUGUGCAUGACAGUGGUGCUGCUUGGCGUCGGUUUCCCUUGGAAAUUUGACAGUUGUCAUAAACUUCAAACUUGUUAAUAUAUACGGGAUGUCAUCCGUCAAAUUUUGGUGGGACGUAAUUCGCACAUAGCUAGUAAAAUGUCUAAAGUAUACAUAUACUUCAAAUUAAAUUGAUACAGUGAGCUUUUUCAAAUUAAAAAAAAGCUAAUUCCUUACUUGGAUGUUGUACAUAUGAUAAUCACACAAGAUGUUUUGAAGUAAUUUUUAUUAAUUUCGUGUUUUUUUUUUCUUCUUUUAAUAAUGCGUUUACGGCUAUCGAUUGUUAUUAUGUAACUUAAAUUUAUCUAUAAGAAAUAAUAAUUACAUCAGUUUGUUGUGAAAUAUGAUCAUGUGAAUUUUAUUAAAAAUUCCUUAUUAUUUGCUCGGUCAAGUGUGUUAUAGAGAGCGUUUCUUAAAACAAGUUUCGACCACAAUACAGUUGCCCGAUAAACAUGAUAUGACAAUCAUGUAUAAGGUCCCUUUUCUAUAAAUUAACUCACUUGCUUGACCUUCAUAUUAUUUGAACAAUUUAUUUAAAAUACUUGCGUUGCAAUCGCUAGCCGGAAAACGAAUAGCAGAAGUACAUUUUUAAUUUAGCUAUUGAUUUGAAGACGUAUGUUUGAGCGAUAAUUUUAAUUGUUAUUUUUUAGCUAUACGUCCUUACAACGUUACCUCGAGUAGAUCCGUGCCGAGGGCACGUAUCACUUUUCUUGGUCACAUUUGGACGCUGUCUCUUUUCACCCCGUUAUAAAGAGCAAGCGUCAUUGUUGGCAGAAUAGUGAAUGUUAGUUACGUUGAUUUAAUCAAAGUGUGCUGUGACUUGUCAGUCAGUAUGUAAGUUAACUUUUUAGAUUAAGACAUGCACUACGCUAAACCAAAUUAUAAGGAGAAUUUGUAAUAAAAUCUUCUAUUAUUACAAAAGCUAUAAAAAUUUAUUGAGACAAUAAACGUAAAAAUAGUCCCUUCAUAUCGUUGAAAGCGGUCUUUCAAUUUCAAUAUUUAAUUAGGAUUCCCACGCUUGUCCGAACUUUGAGUCUAAAAAUCGUAAUUUUAUACAAAAGGAUUCUCGGAGGCGAUCAUGCCGCGAAUUUUUUUAUUCAAAAGCUCCGAGCUUGCGUAUGUGAGAACUAAAUAACGAUAUAUAAUUUUUGCGAAUUAUGAAAUCGCAAUUUUGUACUAUGUUACAUUAAGUAAUUGUAAGCUAAAUUGAAAGUGGAGAUAUCCAUUUAAUAUAUAUCAUACGUGUUAGUGAAUCGCCCCUUUUUAUGCUGUUUUCAAGACAUAUGACAAGAUUUUUUUUUAGUUUUUCGUUACUCACAAAAUGAGCCAAAAUUUAUUCUAACAAGGCUCAAAUAAAACAGCUAGAACUAUUAGUUCAAUCACAUGAAGCUAGAACUAUAACAAAAAUACUUAGCAAAUAUUUUUGUCUUUCAAUAAAAAAUAGUACACCCAAGGCUCGGAAAACGGUUAAAUUUGAAAACCGUUAUCGUUACUUGGCGCUAAACCUUUUGAUUUUGAUUUUAAGGAGAUUUUCAUAAAGCUCUCACGCGGCAGGCCGUCUCGUCGCUCAUCGUAUAAACCGGUUUAUUUAGGUUACAAUAAAGUUCUUAAAACGUUCGCGUUCUUAUGAAAGUUCGGAGUAAAACCGAAAUAAACCGGUAUUUACCGUUAUUUUAAAACCGCCGAGCCUUGAGUACACUUGUCUAUAUUUUUUUAAAUGCAACGUUUAAAAUGCGAUGAGUAUAAUAAUACAGAAAACCUUCAUUUUCUUAUCAAACGCCGUCCUCGAGAAAAAGUAAGGUUUUUAAACCUAUCCAUGUCUAAAUUAGGUUAGAUUACUAUAAAAAUUAAGAAUAACAUUAUUUGAUGUAAGGGUCACUUUUAUAAUUUAACAAUAAAAUUUCUUUUUCUCUUAAAAAUCAGUUGUUACGCCCGCAGUUAAAAUAGAACUAGCAAAUAAACUUAAAUACAUCCUGGAACCACAAUACAUAUAACUUCAAAGAAUAUUUAACUUAUUGCAGAAACAACACCUAACCUGGCCCUAACUGAUCUAAUAAAUACCUUAUUAUGUAUAUAAACACCUAAUUACAUCUGGCGUUUACAGAAGUAAUUAGGUUUUUAUUCUAAGGAUUAAAUUUCGAAAAAAUAUAUAAUUCAGAGGCGGUGUCAUGGUCGCAUUUCUAUCACUUGUCAUGCCAUACGUCACUUUCGCACUUACAAACUUGUUAGAACGUGACAGACAUGGAGACAGAUGAUAAAAGCCGACCAUAUUAGCCCUACUGGUAAACAUAUGCCAAACAUUUUACCGUAAGUGCCUAGGCUUAUUAUAUGGAGGGCUUGUUAAAAUUUUAAAUGUAACAAAAAAACGUUGUAAAUACACUAAAUAACUGUUUAAGUACUAAAUUCUUUGAUGUGUGUAAAUGUAUAAAAUGUCUAUCAUAAUAUAAUAGUUUUUGAAAUGCUGAUGUGUACUACUAUAAUCUUUUUUUUGGCUUUAUCUGAAAAAGGCCAUUUUCAUUUUACAAAAAUAACUAUCACCUCGCCAUCGCCCUACACAGAAAUAUUCCUUUGAAUCUGACUACCUAUACAUUCAGUUAUUCGGAAUAUAAUAAUAUGAAAUAUGAAAAUCUGAAUCAUUGUUUCACUUUUGAAAGCUGCUAGAGAUUUCACAUUAUUUUCGCUAUGUUUUUAUUUCGAGAAAAUAUACUUGAACAGUGUGGGCUAACGCUAAAUUUUAGUUUUUAUUUAGCUAUUUCACGUUUUUACUUGAAAGUAGUUACAUUUGGAAAGGCAGAGUCAAACCAAAACCUUUUACUAUGUUAAAGUUAACUCUUGUUUACUUUUCCUUCAUUUCAAUUGUAUAUCGUUACCCUGCAUAUCAUAGAAGUAUAAUUUUUAGUAUAAAUAGCCGAGGGACGAGCAAAAUUUUGAACAGAGCUAUAACCGCGAAAAUCGAAGUUCGUCAAUUGCGGGCAUUUUUCUCUGCCACUCUAAUUACGUCUUAAUCGGAGUAAAAGAGAAAAAUCCCCGCAAUUUGCGAAUUUCGGUUUUCGCGGUAGGCCCCCAGUAGUAUAUUUUCAGAAUUGUUGAGGUAAAAUAUUACAACCCCCGCAAUGGCCAUAUCUUCCAUCGCAAGUUUCGCGCGGCGCGCCAUGGCAAU